AUGAAAAUACAAGAUGAUUCAUGGCUAAACGAAUCAACAACUAUUCAACCAACAGAAAUAUCAACAGAAUUUUCUGAAUCAAACAUAUCAACUGUCAUCAUCGAUCCUACAACUUGGUUACCAACAGAUUCAACAGUAAAACCUGCAACGAAUCUUUGGUCAAAUUUAAAACAACACUUGCCAGCGUUAAUUGGAAUAGUAGUUGGUAUAUGUCUUUGCGUUAUUUUAUCAGUUUGUAUCUGUUGCUGUUGUCGUCGACGACGAAUAAGAAAAAAAAAACAUGGAGCAUCAUAUCGUACUCAUUCAGAUUCUGAGUCAGUUUCUGAAGACGGAAUAGAACUACCAACAAUUUCUCCGAAAAAGAAAAUAAAAUCACCAACAAUUCCUGCUAAAAAGGUGCGUAUCUGCCCACAAAUGGCAUUAGCAAAAGAAUUUGUUGAAUCUCUUGACUGGGAUAGUGUCCUGUUUGACUCCUCACAUGAUAAAUGUUAUUGUAACAAUUGUUAUCCUGCUACAUGGGCAAAUGUUACAGAUGCUGGCGGUCAAAAAUAUGUUAUUCCUCGUGGAUGGGUCCGUAUUGGUCUUUAUGUUGAUGCAGCUACCGUAGGUGUAAAUGACAUCUGGAAUAAAUGGAUUGUAACGUUUCACGGAACUUCUUUAUUAGCCGCAAAAUCUAUUCUUCAUAAUCGUCAGUUUUGUUUGCCCGGAGACAAACUCAUUGAUGGGACUCUAUUGGGGAUUCGUCCAGGGCAUAUACCGGAUAAAAAGCAUAUUUAUACUUCACCAACGAUUGCAUAUUCAAGUUUGCCAGUGUACAGUGCGAAGUCUGAUUUCAAUUCCUCAAAGAAUUACUGCGCUUAUAAAGUUCAAGUCGUUCUUCAAUGUCGACAAAAACCAAACACAUAUAGCGUACAAGGUGAAACUAUUGAUGCUCGUACGACUCGUCUUUGUCCUUUUAUACCUAACAGUGAAGUUGAAUAUUUCACAGAAAUAAGAGGCUCACUUGUUGCUUAUGGAUUACUUGUGAAAUUAAUAUAA